UUUCAUCUGAAGACAUAAGAGAAACAGCAUGAGCAGGGACAUGGCUUGGCAGAACCUGACAGUGCCGACAGCGGCCAUUGGGGCAAAGCCGUGGCGAGAGCGAGCAUUCAAGGCCAUCCGGCUGGCUGAGGCGAUAGUGGACAACUCGUCUCGAGGCUUCACUAUGGCCCCAUGGAGAAGCUCCGUGAUGUACGAACACCAAGGUCGACGUCUGGCCCGCAUGGAGGGCUGUGACCCAGUCCCCGGCUCCUACCCUGAGCCCCAGGAGAGCGAGGCCCAGCACCAGGCCCGAAUAGAACAGGCCAAGUACAGCCUGAAGCCGGAGGAGGAGGUGGGGAAGAGGUGUGGGGGCAGCAAUGUCCUCAGCAGCUCAGGAGACGUGCUGUACAAGGUACCUGAGGGUCACAGCGAGGGCUGGGGAUUCCGUAUGGAGAUGGAAAUGCUGCCCUUCCUCAGGGACAUGACCGCCCUGAACAGCAAUGAGCAGAUCAGCAUCUACGCCUAUCAGAGCCGUGCUGUCCUCAUGGGCCUACGCACCUCCAUCAACUCCAUCAACCAGGAGAUCCAACGCCUGAACCAACACCGUCAACAGCUGCUCCAGAUCCUGGCCAAUGUCCGUAAAGCCAUCCAACUGAACCACCAGACUAGCAAGAUCAGGGACUGGAGACCAGCUGGGGAGCGGCAAUAUCUGACCGUCAGCUCUGGGGAGACGCGAGCGGCCGCUCACCGGGCUCAGCGCUGGUAUCACCAGAUGGACGUUGCUCAGGGAAUCACUCUGGGCCCAGAAAAGAGCACAGACCUGACCACACGUGAACGCCUGGACAGACCGAUGGUCAGAGUUUUCCAGCGACACGCAGGGAACCAAUUACCAGAGGCGGCCACUCUGGUCAAGGGCACUGGGAUGUUGAAGAAGACUUUGGAGGAAACAAAUCGCAAUAUUCGCUUGUUGCAUUUGGCUCGGAAACAACUGAACAGCAACGCUCGUGACAAGAAGUAUGGCUUCACCGUUGAUUCAGGGAUUGUACGACUGCGUAAGCAGAAGAUGGCAAGUCAGGCUCCGCUGGAGAAAGGCGAUGACACCGUGCGCUUUGGUUGAAAGUUCAGUGUGCUCCGCUCUCUCCAUCUCCGGCUCUGCAAUAAAUUUUUAUUUAUUCUGUCUCAGAAA